UCUCCUGAGCGCGUCAGUGUCUCCAGCAUGCCUGAACCAGCCAAGUCGGCGCCGGCCCCGAAGAAGGGCUCCAAGAAGGCGGUGACCAAGGCGCAGAAGAAGGACGGCAAGAAGCGCAAACGCAGCCGCAAGGAGAGCUACUCGGUGUACGUGUACAAGGUGCUGAAGCAGGUGCACCCCGACACGGGCAUCUCGUCCAAGGCCAUGGGCAUCAUGAACUCGUUCGUCAACGACAUCUUCGAGCGCAUCGCGGGCGAGGCGUCCCGCCUGGCGCACUACAACAAGCGCUCGACCAUCACGUCCAGGGAGAUCCAGACGGCCGUGCGCCUGCUGCUGCCCGGGGAGCUGGCCAAGCACGCCGUGUCCGAGGGCACCAAGGCCGUCACCAAGUACACCAGCUCCAAGUGAACUUGCCAAGUAAGCGUCCUGUCAUUCAACCCCAAAGGCUCUUUUCAGAGCCACCCACCCUCCGAGAAAAGAGCUGGCGCACUUUGCCUGCAGUUUAGCUGUCUUUAGAAGUGUCGGGAGCUAGGUUGGGAGGAGGUGGCCGUUGGGAAGAAAAGGAAGAAGCUGGGGAAGCACCUAGGCUCUCACUAUCUUGCUAAUCUAUUGUGGGUUCUUUGAAGCCCUUUGCAAGGAGGCAAAAGCCGAAAUUUCGCCUUAGGUUACACUAUAGUGAAGCCCCUGUCUUAAGGCCUUGCGGGUUGGCGGCUGACUUCGCCCAUAAGCUUCCGUAAUUGGAGAGGAGUUCCCUAAUUUCAUCGUGUUCCUGAACUCCGCAUCCUUAUCCCCUCUUUUUCUUUGCUCUUUCCAACAUUGAAUUUUCCCUCGGGAGACCCUCACCUGCGGGUUAGGACGCGCUGCCCUCUGCUGCCAUCUUGUGGCGGAGAGCGGAGGCAGCGCUCCAAGGCCUUGCUCUUUUCCAGACGCAACUGAAAUGCUUUCUUCCUAAAUUCAACUUCCCAAGGACAACCGUGAGUCUCGGUAGAAUUACUAUUUCUGUCACCCUUUAACCACUGGAUUUAAGUUUCUCCAACAGUCCAACGUGCACAUGACAGCGGGAGAACCAGAAAGCGCACGCGGAAGUGCUGAGGACUGACUUGUCAAAGAUGAAAAACGAACAAACAACUCAGCAACCUGAAACAAGAACAAAACAAAAGCCCGUUCUCUACUUCUAGUCCUCAAAAUAGAAAUAUUUUAGUAUUUCCUGUAAACCUAAACAUCUGACAGAACACCCAUGAUUCUGGUGGGCUGCUCUUUGAAGACAUACGUCAGGAUUUAGGAAUAUGGUUACACGUAAGGAAGCUGCACUUUCUUUACAGAACAGGUCAGUAUGAACUUGGUGACCUUGGUCAUUUUGUAGGUCCUAUGCCCUUUUAAAUAAUAAAGUCUGGCUCUUGCUCUUUUUGCAGGU